UAUUCUCGUAUGCACAUUUCCUUUUAACACAAGUUUUCCUUUUGGAGAAAACAAAUGAAACAAACCAUGAGAAUUGUUGUUGUCUUUCUUUUCAUUGUCAUAGCCACCAUCAACAUUAGCUUCUGCAAAGGAAGUUCUUCUGUUGGUUGCCUCCAAAGCGAGAGACUAGCACUUUUAAGGUUUAAGCAAGAUCUUAUUGAUCCUGUGGAUUGGCUUGCCUCUUGGACUUCUAGUCAUGAAGAUUGCUGUACAUGGUCUGGAAUUGUCUGUGACAGCUUGACGGGCCAUGUGCUUGAGCUCAACCUCAGAACUCCUCCAGUUAAAGAGUUUGAAUCUUUGGCUGAAAUUGAAGCUGAAGAGAACGCUCGUGAGAGGUCAAAGUUGGGCGGAUUUAAGAUACCUCAAUCUCUCUCAAAAUGACUUUCAGGGUAGGAUUCCUCACCAACUUGGAAAUCUAUCUAAUUUGCAAUAUCU